UCCAGGUGAGGGUUAACGUGGUGGCCCAGCUGGAGGAGUGAGAGUGGAGCUGGAAGAACCGGGCAGGUUCUGGAGAAGUUCUGGAGGAUAACAAGAAGUCAAUGUCCAUCUUGGACAUAUCUCCAACUUCCAGAAGCAGUGGAGUGUACACCUCUUGGAACCAUGGCCCACCAGGCAUUCAGCACUUUCAUCAGGGGACAGAGAUCAAGAGCCCCUUGGUGCCUGCUGGGGCACCCAGGCAGAAUGCCAGUGAAGUUGGGGCACAGUUCACUAUGUCACUGCCUGAGCAUGGUGUGGGCUACUGCCCCCAAGCAACUCUCACUCAUUCCCAGAUGAUCUACUGUCAGGGAGUGUCUCCCUCCCAGCCAGGGAUGAUGGUUUUCAAGGGGCCUCAGCUGACGCCCUUAGGUGAACCCAAUAUUCCAGGAGUGGCCAUGACCUUCAGUGGGAAUCUAAGGAUGCCCCCCAAUGGGCUGCCAGUCUCAACUUCUAGUGGAAUCCCAAUGAUGUCCCACAGCAUGGCCCCAACAAUUCCUUAUUCUGAUCCUUCAACAGUACCUUCUAAUACAGCCUCUUUAACACCUAAAAUGUUAUUGGCCCCAACCAUGCCUUCCACUGAGCCCCAGUCUCUGCUCACCUCUCUGGCUCAAAUGUUGCCCCCUAGAGAUCCCCACAACCAGAUGCCACCAUCUGGGUCCCAAUCAUUGCUGGAUUUAGAAUCCCAGGACUCUCAUGUGAGCCAGCCAGACUCCCACGAAGACCCCUUCUUACCUGAGCAGCCCAUACCUGCUCCACAGAGAGCAAAGCAAAACCCCAGAGCCCAGGGAAGGGCACACAGGAGGGGAUCCCCAGAUUCAAGGCCCUAUUGUUGCCAGUAUGAGAACUGUGGAAAAGCUUAUACCAAGCGCUCCCACCUUGUGAAUCACCAACGCAAACACACAGGUGAGAGGCCCUAUAGAUGCCACUGGGAAGGCUGUAUGUGGUCUUUCUUCCGUUCUGAUGAGCUUGGACGACAUAUGCGGAUACACACCAAAUACCGACCACAUAGAUGUGCUCAGUGCGGCCCACCAUUCAUGAGAUCCGACCAUCUCAGGCAGCAUCAAAGGAUUCAUCAACGGAUGCCAGGAUCUCCAGACAGACAGACCAACGAUGGAUGGAUGGAUGGUGUAGGCUUAGAUGAUGACAGAGAUUAUGAGGCAGUGUGGAAGCCCAAAUGA